UCGGUCACGUGUGCGCGUGUCGAAGGUCGCGGCGCCGCAAUGGAGCUGUGUCCGUGGGUGCAGGGCGGCUGCCGGCUGCUGGGCGACCCCCGGCGCCUCGACGGCCGCGCGUACAGCGCGCUGCUCCGGGGCGCCUUCAGGGCCGUCCUGCAGCCCCACGGCAGCGGGGCCGACCCCGAGCUGAGCGACGUUGACCCCGCGGUGCUGAAGCAGUGCCACGCCGCCGCCGCCGCCUGCAUCCUGGAGGCGGGCAGGCAGAGAGCCGACCCCGCGGCACUCAGCGCCUGCCUGGAGGAGUGCAAGCUGGACAAGGAGCGGAUCGAGCAGUUCUGCACCGAGUACCAGAAAAACCGGGAUGCACUGGAGGAGCUGCUGGGGAGCAUAGGCCGGGCCCCUCCACACGUGACAGACGUGUCCUGGCGCCUGGGGUACCGCAUCCAGACCCACGAGCUGCACCGAGCCUACCAGCCCACCUACCUGCUGACCCUCAGCACCGAGAACAGCGAUGCGGGAUCACAGACAGACCUCAGCUUCAGCUGCACCAUGGAGCAGCUGCAGGAUUUGGUCGGGAAGCUGAAGGACGCUGCCAAGAGCCUGGAGAGAGCAACACAGCUCCGAUUUUCCCCUCCCGUACCGCCUGGGUUCAGUUCCCCACACCCGAGGGCGCGGUAUCGGCUCGGGCCGCACGGAGCUCCGCGUUCCCCUUGGGCUGACCCGGAGCUCGACGGCGGCUCCCUCCGUCCGUUCGUCUCGGCGAUGCCCCCCACUCGCACCUGCCGCCGGGGGGAGCGCGGGCGCCGCGGGACGGGACGGGUCGGGCCGCCCCCACGGGGUGGCGCGGAGGGGCCCCGACGGAGGGCAGCGGGACGGCCCCGGUGCAGCCCCGCUCCGCGCUACGGGGCUCUGCCGCCUCCCCCUCCCCCGGAGGGGCCCCGCCUGGCGCUGCCCCACGCGUGGCUUAAGUUGGGCGAGCGGCGGGGCAGAGCGGGCGGCGGUAAGAUGGCGGUCCCCGGCUGCUCCCGGCGCCUCUCUCCCGGCCGUGCGGAAAACGGCGAAGUUUGGGGUAACCCCGCGGCGAGGGGCGCCGGGGGGGGCAGCGCCGGGACUCAACUUUUUUCUUUUUUUUUUUCCUUUUUUUCUUCGCUUUUUUUUUUUUUUUUCCCCCCCGUACUUUUGGGUCGAACUCGCGGUUUUCAGCGUGGGCUUCGGGGCGGCGUGCGGGGUGCGGAGCCCCGGAGCGGAGGGACGGAGCCGCGGACGGGGCCGCGCUCGAUCGAGGUUUUCCUUCUGUCCGGCCCCGGAGGGGAUCAUCGCUCUCGCAGCCCCCGCCGGGUGCGGCGCCGCGCGUGGGGCCCCCGACGGCCGCGGGCGGACGGCUGUGGAGGUGUGUGCGGGUGCGUGGCCUGGCGGAAAAUCCACGCGGGCAGAGCCGUGGGGAGCUGUCAGUAUUUGCGAAAAAUCAGAGCCGCCUCGCCCCGCGCCAAAAUGCACCGGACGACCAGGAUCAAAAUCACGGAGCUGAACCCGCACCUCAUGUGCGUGCUGUGCGGCGGGUACUUCAUCGACGCCACCACCAUCAUCGAGUGCCUGCACUCCUUCUGCAAGACGUGCAUCGUGCGGUACUUGGAGACGAGCAAGUACUGUCCGAUCUGCGAUGUCCAAGUGCACAAAACCCGGCCGCUGCUCAACAUCAGGUCAGAUAAAACUCUGCAGGAUAUUGUGUACAAGCUGGUACCGGGCCUUUUCAAAAAUGAAAUGAAAAGAAGAAGGGAUUUCUAUGCUGCUCAUCCGUCGGCUGAUGCUGCCAAUGGCUCUAAUGAAGACAGGGGAGAAGUGGCUGACGAAGACAAAAGAAUUAUAACAGACGACGAGAUAAUAAGCUUAUCCAUUGAGUUCUUUGACCAGAACAGACUGGAACGGAAAGGAAAUAAAGAGAAAGAGAAAUCAAAGGAGGAGGUGAAUGACAAAAGAUACUUGCGCUGCCCGGCAGCGAUGACAGUGAUGCAUCUACGAAAGUUCCUGCGGAGUAAGAUGGAUAUCCCCAACACGUUCCAGAUCGAUGUGAUGUAUGAGGAGGAGCCCCUGAAGGACUACUACACGCUGAUGGACAUUGCCUACAUCUAUACCUGGAGACGGAAUGGCCCACUGCCCCUCAAAUACCGCGUGCGGCCCACCUGCAAGAGGAUGAAGAUCGGUCACCAGCGGGAAGGCCUCAGCAACAGCGGCGAGCUGGAGAGCGACUCUGGCAGCGACAAAGCCAGCAGCCCAGCCGGGGGGCUGCCCUCCACCUCCUCCUGCCUGCCCAGCCCCAGCACGCCGGUCCAGUCUCCCCACCCACAGUUCCCACACAUCUCCAGCACCAUGAACGGCACCAGCAGCAGCCCCGGCAGCAACCAUCAGUCCUCCUUCACCAACAGAGCGCGGAAAUCCUCCAUAAAUGGCUCCUCGGCCACUUCGUCCGGCUGACGGCCUGGCUUCGACCCUCCUCUCUAUAGAUCUCUCAUGCCAUUACAGCUUUAUAGAUGCUAAUACACGUGACUCUCGUCCAAACUGCUUUCUUUUGUAGUGACACUGAACUUGGCUAUGAAAGGCGAACUAGGUGACAUUCGCUGUGGACGUUAAUUGCGACGCGAGAUUGAAAUGUAAAUGGUUUCCAAAGGACCGGGAAGCAAACAGAAGUGACACCUGGGUGUGCUGAGUGCUGCGGGGCCCUCAGCCCGACCGAGCUGGUAGAAGCCCUGGGACGUAGCUGGUUAACCCAGACUAAGUCCUCCACCGCGUUCUCUUCGAUUGUUAUUGUUAUUAUGCCGUUUUGUGAACCUGUAGAAAGCAAGUGCUUUUUCAUCUUGAAAUUCGACGAAACAGAAAGGAUAUGCAUAGAAUAAUGCAUAUAUGUAGCCAUGUCACUGUGAAUAACAAUUUUUGCGUAUUAGCCAUUUUGAUUCUUAUGUUGCAUCCUUAAUUCUCUGUUGCCGCGCAGAACCGAUCAAACAAAAAGUAAACUUCAGUUUUACAAUCUGUAUGCCUAAAAGCGGGUAUUACCGUUUUAUUUACUGACUUGUUUAAAUGAUUCGCUUUUGUAAGAAUCAGAUGGCAUUAUGCUUAUUGUACAAUGCCAUAUUGGUAUAUGACAUAACAGGAAACAGUAUUGUAUGAUAUAUUUAUAAAUACUAUAAAGAAAAUAUUGUGUUUCAUGCACUCAUUAUAUGGUUGUUAAAUUUCAGAACCGGUUCGACCCUUGCAGAUGCCGCCUGGUUGAGCUCUGCUCGCACUGCCAUAGAGCCGCAGCGCUGAGGAAGCACAACCGCUCCGCUAACCUGGAGGCGAUUGCCAAUCCCCAAAGCAUUUGACUGCCUUUGUCUUUAUUUUUCCCCUUUCUUUCCCCCUCUCUCCCAGGUGUGGUUUAUUUUUUACUUUACCGAAUGUUGUUGAAGUGAUGAAGGAAAAAAAAAACACACAAAAAAAAAGCAAAAAAAAAAAAAAGCAAAAAAAAACACCAAAAACCCAACAAAAAAAAAAAAGUGAAGGGAGAUGAAAGUAAUUGAUGUGCUUGAUUGCCUUUUUAUUACUCGGUGCGGUGGGGACUGUGUUUUUAAAAGCACACGGAAUCACUCGAGAAGCCAUAAACUAUUUGGUAUAAAUUUUAAGGAGCCAGCGGUUGGCUGCGUGAAGGCGUUUUAUCUAAAUUGCUUUUUAAUAUAUAUGUAUAUGGUACAGUACUAACUUCAGUAGAGCUUAACAGGUACUUGAAUCCUUCCGAUAAAUUGCAGAGAACGCCUCCUCGGUGAGGGCCUCCAGCGGGGCGUUUCCUGGGGGCUCCUGAGGGUGUGAUUUGUUCAGCAGAAGGGACUUUUCCGCCACCAAACAGAACGGCCCGGAACACUUUUCAGUUUGUGCUUUGCUUUGGUCGAACUUCGUGUGUGUUCAUCACCCACCAGUUAUACAUUUGUGAGGGUGUUUAUUCUAUAUGGAUAUUGUUUCAUGUUUGUACGGGAAAAUUGUAGUUAAAACAUUUCAUUGUCUCCAGUCUGCAAAAGAAGCACAAUUCUAUUGCUUUGUCUUGCUUAUAGUCAUUAAAUCAUUACUUUUGCAUAUAAAUUGCUGUUAUUCGUCCCGCUUGUUUUUAUAGACCAGGUGAUUGCAAACCCUCCACAAGGUUCUUGCUUAUUGAUGUAUAAUGUCUUGUUAAACAAGAGUUGAUAUUUUUUCCUGUAGUAAACAUGUACAGUUCGAUUUCAACGGUAAAAAACUUCAGUUUUAUAUACACGAAUAACUUUCAUUUAUAGUUGAUCAAAGAAAUAAACAAAUAAAAGGGAUAAUUCA